GGCCUUGAAAGAUGAGUUUCUGGUUUCCCUGCCUCCACCUGCUGAAAACUGGGAUUUAUAAGUAUUACCAAACCCCGUUUGUGGGCAUCAAACUCAGAGUUGUGUGAAUGUUAAGUGGGCACAUCAGUUGAGUUACCCCGUGAACUAUUUAUUUUUGAAUAUUUUAUUUUAUUUCUUAAAAUUAUAGGUAUGUAUGUUUGGAUGGGUAUGUGUACAUGGGUGCUUGGAAUUGAAACCCAGUUCUCUGCAAGAGCAAUACGUGCUCCUAACUGCUGAGCCAUCUCUUCAAGGUCCUUUUCCACCUUUUAAAUUUUGAGACAGAUUUUUACUAAAUUGCCUAGGAUGGCUUUGAAUGUAUGAUCCUCCUGCGUCAGCUUCUCCAGGAGCUGUGAUUACGUGCCUGCACAACCAGGUCUUGCUAUGAAUAUUACAAAAGAUACAACUAAAGCCUAGAAGGGCUGGGCAUUUAAACAAAGUUAAACAACGAGCUGCCAACAGAAUCAGGAUAUAAAUCUAGUUCUCCAGUAUUCGCUGUUUUGCUAUCUGCUCCAAAUUCUAUGUGCGUGUGAGGUCAGAAGGGUCCUUAGAUACUGGGUCCCUUUCCGAAAACAGAGACUGCCCCCAAACACUGAAACCCAGCCACACACUGCUAGACCUAGCUUACAAGCAGUUAGAACAACGCACCCACCUCCCGCCCCCCAAAAUCUGGCUCGCAAGCCCAGCACACGUGGGUGACACCCUCGCGGUUUGUUUUUUGCCCACACUCCGCCCCAGCUGGAUAUGUAAACGUUUGCUUCAAGCAAUCACCGCAGGCUGGAGCCAUAUCUCUGUUGAGACCUUAAUGAAGACUAGUGGUUCUGGAACCCAGCAGAGCAUCUCUCACAUCCCUGUACUUCCCCUGAGGGGGGCUGCAGAUGCUGGCCAGUUGAGCCUCCUCAGCAUUCCACAGUCUUCAAAGGGGAAUCCGGCCACUUUAGGAACCCUAGACCAAGGAGACGCGGCUCACCGGAGCCCUUUCUCAACAGCACCGAGGCGGAAGCAAGGCGCCGAGGGAGUGCACUACAGGGUAGCAGAAACAUCUGAGAAACAAAACAGUAGAGAACUGGAACCCAUGACUGAUUCUUCACCCAGCCCAGCCCAGGGAUCACCCUGAGCCCCUACCUCAGUGCAGAUAGCACAAGAGAGACUCAGGCGCUUGGAAGCCUUUCUCCAAGAAUGAAGCUCUGGGGACAAAUACUUUGGACCCUUCUAUCUGUUCCCCGAGGAAGGAGGGGCUGGGCCUUCAACUCAUGGAAGACUUAUUCAUCUCUGGCUGGGCCGUUGAGUGCCACAGGGAUGGUUAAUCACUGGACACGGGUCUUUGAGGAAAGAGGUAUCCCAGAGGCCCGGGAAUCCAGUGAGUACAUCGUGGCUCAUGUCCUCGGAGCCAAAACAACCACGGGAGCCAGCUACUCACAUUCACCAUGGGAACAGUUUCAGAGCCUGAAACCAGCACUUUGGACCAAGCCACUGACCCCUCAACAACUGGAAUGCAUCCAGGAGCUAUGUGGCCGUAGAUUACAGAGGAUGCCGGUGCAGUAUAUCCUUGGGGAGUGGGACUUUCAGGGGCUCAGUCUGAAGAUGGUACCCCCAGUGUUCAUCCCUCGGCCAGAGACAGAAGAACUGGUUGAAUGGGUUUUAGAGGAAGUGGCCCAGAGGCCCCAUGCAGUGAGAGCCCAGGAUGGUCCCCUCAUUCUGGAGGUGGGCUGUGGAUCAGGAGCCAUUACUCUCAGCCUGCUGAGCCAGCUCCCCAAGAGUCGAGUUGUUGCUGUGGAUAAGGAAGAAGCUGCUGUUAGUCUGACCCAUGAGAAUGCUCAGAGGCUUCAGCUGCAGGACAGGAUCCGGAUCAUCUGCCUUGAUAUAACCUCAGAGGGGUGCUGCACACACCUUUUGCCCUGGAGUCCCAUGGACUUGGUGGUCAGCAACCCUCCCUACAUCUUCCGCAAGGACAUGGAACAGCUGGCUCCAGAGAUCUACAGUUACGAAGAUCUGGUGGCCCUGGAUGGUGGUGACGAAGGCAUGGACAUCAUCACCCACAUCUUGACCUUGGCACCCCAGCUCUUGAAUGCCUCUGGAAGCAUCUUCUUAGAAGUGGACCCAAGACACCCAGAGCUUGUCAGCAGUUGGCUUCAGAGCCAUCCUGACCUGCACCUUAGUCUUGUGGGAGUCCGUGAAGACUUCUGUGGGAGGCCCCGGUUCCUGCAUGUCCAGAAGUCUGCACCAUAGUGUGGCUACUCUGUGAACACCCGGCCAGGAUUCUAGCCUGCUGGGUGGCUGGCUUACCCUGCGGGGAGUGCCGCCCAGGGGAAGGUGAACAGCGGUGUCCUGGGCCCCUAGCACGGCCAUGGUCCUGUGAUUCUCCAUGAUGGAUGUUUCUAGGAGACUUGGAAACAAGGAUGGAGUGUUCUUCCUGGGGCAGCAAAGAACAGAGAUCCAAGAGCUGGGUUUCCAGCCUGCCCUGCCCCCUCUGUGUAGCAGGCUACUUGGUGUUCCUCUUGGUGAAAUUGCUAUAAAGAUGUUGGGAAGGAUGGCUAGUAAAGUUUUGAGAGAGCAAUAAAUGGUGAACCAGUA